AUGAUCCACCGCGAAGUAGCCGAUGGUCUAGAGCGUCUUUGGAACGUAAGAGUAAACUGCAUAUGGGAAGCCGAUGAAAGUAGUCGCCAUGGAGAGGUUUAUAUAUUCGACCAUGUAUUUAAGCAGGAAUGUACAAAUUCAGAUGUAUAUGGAUCUGUAGUAAAACCUUUAGUCGAUUCCUUCAUGGAAGGUUUCAAUGCCACAAUAUUUGCAUAUGGCCAAACAUCUUCUGGCAAAACACACACCAUUUUGGGCAAUAAAACAGAUCCUGGGCUUUUCCAAUUAGUAUCCAAUCAGUUAUUCCAGCAUGUGGCAGACCAGGUUGAUAAGAGGUACUUGAUUAGAUGCAGUUAUAUUGAAAUCUACAAUGAAAAGAUCAAUGACCUCCUGGAUAAGAGCAAUCAGGGUUUAACUAUAAGAGAAGAUAUCAAAGGAAAUGUGCUGCUUGAUGCAAGGGAAGCUGUCGUAGACAAUGUUGAUAAAGUUAUGGAGAACAUGAUGCAGGGCAAUAAGAUCAGACGAGUUGCAGCUACUCGCAUGAAUGAGAGGUCAUCUCGAUCACACACGAUUUUCCGGAUUAUUCUGGAGUCGAAAGAUGCCAAUCAGAAAGAUGGACCUGUACAUAUAAGCUACCUUAACUUAAUGGACUUAGCUGGUUCUGAGAGAGUUUCUCUGACGAAAGCUGCUGGUGAGCGUCUUAAAGAGGGGGCUAACAUAAACAAAUCUUUGUCAGUAUUAGGAAAUGUGAUAAGGCAACUAAGCGAGGGGAAGGAGUUUAUCAGUUAUCGCGAUUCGAAAUUGACUAGACUGCUCUCACAGGCUCUUGGCGGAAAUGUGCUGCUUGAUGCAAGGGAAGCUGUCGUAGACAAUGUUGAUAAAGUUAUGGAGAACAUGAUGCAGGGCAAUAAGAUCAGACGAGUUGCAGCUACUCGCAUGAAUGAGAGGUCAUCUCGAUCACACACGAUUUUCCGGAUUAUUCUGGAGUCGAAAGAUGCCAAUCAGAAGGAUGGACCUGUACAUAUAAGCUACCUUAACUUAAUGGACUUAGCUGGUUCUGAGAGAGUUUCUCUGACGAAAGCUGCUGGUGAGCGUCUUAAAGAGGGGGCUAACAUAAACAAAUCUUUGUCAGUAUUAGGAAAUGUGAUAAGGCAACUAAGCGAGGGGAAGGAGUUUAUCAGUUAUCGCGAUUCGAAAUUGACUAGACUGCUCUCACAGGCUCUUGGCGAUGUAUAUGGAUCUGUAGUAAAACCUUUAGUCGAUUCCUUCAUGGAAGGUUUCAAUGCCACAAUAUUUGCAUAUGGCCAAACAUCUUCUGGCAAAACACACACCAUUUUGGGCAAUAAAACAGAUCCUGGGCUUUUCCAAUUAGUAUCCAAUCAGUUAUUCCAGCAUGUGGCAGACCAGGUUGAUAAGAGGUACUUGAUUAGAUGCAGUUAUAUUGAAAUCUACAAUGAAAAGAUCAAUGACCUCCUGGAUAAGAGCAAUCAGGGUUUAACUAUAAGAGAAGAUAUCAAAGGAAAUGUGCUGCUUGAUGCAAGGGAAGCUGUCGUAGACAAUGUUGAUAAAGUUAUGGAGAACAUGAUGCAGGGCAAUAAGAUCAGACGAGUUGCAGCUACUCGCAUGAAUGAGAGGUCAUCUCGAUCACACACGAUUUUCCGGAUUAUUCUGGAGUCGAAAGAUGCCAAUCAGAAAGAUGGACCUGUACAUAUAAGCUACCUUAACUUAAUGGACUUAGCUGGUUCUGAGAGAGUUUCUCUGACGAAAGCUGCUGGUGAGCGUCUUAAAGAGGGGGCUAACAUAAACAAAUCUUUGUCAGUAUUAGGAAAUGUGAUAAGGCAACUAAGCGAGGGGAAGGAGUUUAUCAGUUAUCGCGAUUCGAAAUUGACUAGACUGCUCUCACAGGCUCUUGGCGAUGUAUAUGGAUCUGUAGUAAAACCUUUAGUCGAUUCCUUCAUGGAAGGUUUCAAUGCCACAUAUUUGCAUAUGGCCAAACAUCUUCUGGCAAAACACACACCAUUUUGGGCAAUAAACAGAUCCUGGCUUUUCCAAUUAGUAUCCAAUCAGUUAUUCCAGCAUGUGGCAGACCAGGUUGAUAAGAGGUACUUGAUUAGAUGCAGUUAUAUUGAAAUCUACAAUGAAAAGAUCAAUGACCUCCUGGAUAAGAGCAAUCAGGGUUUAACUAUAAGAGAAGAUAUCAAAGGAAAUGUGCUGCUUGAUGCAAGGGAAGCUGUCGUAGACAAUGUGAUAAAGUUAUGGAGAACAUGA